AUGGAUGGUGAGAACAUAGAUACGCAUAAUUUAUCUCUUUUGAUACGAAUUUUAAUACAUUUAUUUUAUGCAGAAGGGGGAUUUUCAAUAAAGACUGGAGUGUAUGAGUCAAAAGAAGUUGGGCCAGGAAAGGACGGUCAAAAAGCUGAGGUCACUUUCGAAGACGAGUCAAAAGAAGUUGAGCCAGAAAAGGACGGUCAAAAAGCUGAGGUCACUUUCGAAGACGAGUUGGAAGGUUUAGAAAAAGAUGAUCAAAAAGCUUUUGAAGAGGAGUCGAAAGGUUCGGAGAAAAAAGAUAAUCCGUUCAUAGCUAUGGAUUGGCAUGCGUGGCUAGAAAGAAUUCUGGAGUUUUCGAUUGAAGAAGCCCGAAUUAACAUUUUGACAUAUAAAUAUACACCCGCAAAUGGAUUCGAAGAAAUUAUGAUAAAAUACAUCGGGAAAGUCUUAAUGGAUUUGUAA